AUGAAAAGGUCCAAGAACAGUCACAGUGAUCUUCUCUUUCUAAAUUUUAAUCAAGAAGCUUCAUGUAUUAGUGUAGGAACUUGCAAAGGUUUUGCCAUUUACAAUUGUGAACCAUUUGGUAAAUGUUUUCAAGAAGAUAUUGGUGGAAUUGGUAUUGCCGAAAUGCUGUAUUGUACUAGUUUAGUAGCACUUGUUGGUGCUGGAGAUCAGCCUGCAUUUUCACCACGUCGAUUGCGUGUGUGGAACACUAAGACGGGUUCUGCCAUUUGUGAUUUAAAUUUUGUCACCGCCGUUUUGGCUGUACGCAUGAAUCGACAGAGAUUAGUCGCAGUGCUCGAACGCAAGAUUUACAUUUUCGACAUUAGCACCAUGAAAAUCCUAGAAACACUUGACACAUCGCCGAACCCAAAGGCACUAUGUGUGCUUUCUCCGCACGACAAUGGCCAUCUAGCUUUUCCAUCGGGUGCCUCACCAGGAGAGAUCGUGUUGUAUGAUGCCAACAAUCUUGGUGUACUGAACGCAUUUCAAGCACAUCGUACAGCACCCGUGGCGAUGGCAUUCAACUCUCAAGGCACACUACUUGCAACAGCUUCCGAAUCGGGAACACUUAUUCGUGUCUUUGCUGUUCCAAGCGGGAAGAAGAUUGCAGCGUUCCGACGAGGUUCUUAUGGCGCUCACGUUUACUGCCUAGCGUUCAAUGAAAGUUCUACAAUCUUGUGUGCUUCCAGCGACACGGGCACUAUCCAUUUCUUCUCAUUGACUGGAGCUGAAAGCUCUGCGACAGGAAGUUUUGGGCACUUCACGCCGAUCACGUCGACACUGGCUGUUGCUGGAAGCACCUUUGGUACCACGGUCUUUGGUAGUUCUGCCGCUCCACCGAGUCCGAUAAUCCCUACAACGGUUGCAUCUUCACCCGGUGAAUCUUCGAUGCUGGGGAUCCGUGUCGCUGUACCAUCGACGCGGAUCCCCAGCCCAGCUGUCACCAAUUUUGAUGAGGUGGCUGCAGUCAUGAGUGCGUAUCUGCCCAGCUCUUUUUCGGGUAUUGCCGAAGGAACUCGCGACUUUGCCUAUGCUCGACUUGGCUCUACUGGAGUACCAAACCAGUGUGCAAUCCAUGGUCCCCGGGACACUAAAAACCCAGUUGUACAGUUAUACGUAGCUACUGCUGACGGUUAUUUCUAUGAGUACUCGCUCAACCUUGCUACUGGGGGCAAGUGCAAGCUUAAGCGGGAAAAUGUCCUCCGUGACAGCACUUCCGAAGAGAUUGAGGCCAUCUAUAUUGCAUAG